AAGGUAAGUAUUUUUGUUUUUAAUCUAAAAAGUAAAACUUACUUUUUGAGUUCUGCAGUUGCAUAGCAGUUCCCAAAACAUAGGGAGGUCGCCACUUGCCAAUGGGGAAGAAGAAGAACAAAAGAAGGGCCGAGGGUAAAGAUAAUAACGAUAGGCCGAAGAAGAACCCUAAACCCAAAGACCAAAACAAGUCCAGUGGUGGUAAUGGAAAGGCAUACGUACAGAUCCUGGGAAAUGGCAUGGAUACUCAAGAUACAUCACCCUCUGUCCUCCUCUUUUUUGACAACCGGAGAUUUUUAUUUAAUGUUGGAGAAGGAUUGCAACGCUUCUUAACAGAGAAUAAACUUACAUUGUCAAAGAUUGAUGACAUACUUUUAUCACGUGUCUGCUCAGAAACCGCUGGUGGACUCCCAGGUCUCUUAUUGACUUUGGCUGGGAUGGGAAAAGAACGGAUGUCUGUCAAUGUAUGGGGUCCUCCUGAUCUCGAUCAGUUGGUUGAAGCAAUGAAAUCGUUCGUCCCUAAUGCUGCCAUGGUUCAUACGCAUAGUGUUCUCUCAACGCAUGGAUCAAAUGAAGUUGCUAGUGCUGAUUCAAUGAAGUUUGAUCAUCUUUAUGUUCCCAUUGUUGAUGAAGUUGUCAAAAUAUGUGCUAUUCCCUUGCGACCACGUUGCUCGAAAGUGUGUGACCCAAUGAAGGAAGGAUCCUCCAAGCUAAAUGCUCCACUAGUUGACGACUACCAUUUUGCAGAAGACCUUCAAGCUCAAAUGAAGAAUUCCACAGCUGAAGAUGCAUUAGAUCCAGGUGAUAUUUCGGUGGUUUAUAUUUGUGAGUUUCCGGAGAUUAAAGGGAAGCUCGAUCGAGAUAAGGCUGCUGAGCUUGGGUUGGAAAGUGGGCCAAAAUAUGGUGAAUUGAAACGUGGGAAUCCAGUGAAGUCAGAUCACCUAGAUAGAACAAUUCACCCUUGUGAUGUUAUGGAGCCUUCCUUUCCCGGUCCUAUUGUGCUCCUCGUUGACUGCCCAACACUCUCUCAUUUGCAAGAGCUGUCAUCUUUGCAGUCUCUUACUCUGUAUUACUCAAAUACAUCCGAACAACCUGUUGAAAUGUGCAAAAAAGUAAAUUGUUUAAUACACCUUAGCCCUGCAUCUGUAACAAAUACAACUGCAUAUGAGCAAUGGAUGACCAGAUUUGGUGAAGCCCAGCACAUAAUGGCAGGACACGAGCCGAAGAAUAUUGAGAUUCCAAUUCUGAAGUCCAGUUCAAGAAUUGCUGCAAAACUUAACUACCUGUGCCCUCAAUUCUUUCCUGCUCCUGGUUUUUUGACCCUUAAGCAGUUGAAGAGCUUACCAUCAGUCUCAAGGUUCCCGAGGGAGUUGUCUCUUCCAACCUCAUGUCGAUUCAUUUAUGCGGAGAACCUCCUCAAGUUUAAUCUUCUUCCAUAUAAAGACCUUGGAUUAGACAAUUCUGGUGUUGCUGAUACUUUUUCUCGGACAGAAAUCAUAGAUGAACUAACUUCGGAAAUUCCAGAAAUUGUAAGUGCUUCUGAACAUAUUAUCCAACUGUGGCAUGGGAACAAUGGAACAAAUGGAGGCACUCCAUUACCUAGCUGUUUGGAAGGUAUAACAAGAGAGGAUAUGGAGAUUGUUCUUCUUGGAACUGGUUCAUCGCAGCCUUCAAAAUACCGAAAUGUUAGUUCUAUAUUUAUUAAUCUUUUCUCAAAGGGAGGUAUUCUGUUAGAUUGUGGUGAAGGAACACUGGGACAGCUAAAAAGAAGAUUUGGUGUUGAAGGUGCUGAUGAAGCUGUGAAGGGUUUAAGGUGUAUUUGGAUUUCUCAUAUUCACGCGGAUCAUCAUGCGGGUCUUGCAAGAAUUCUUACUCUGAGACGUGAUUUACUCAAUGAAACUCCCCAUGAACCUUUAAUUGUUGUAGGUCCUCAGCAACUUGAGAUAUUUCUUGAUAGGUACCAAAUGCUCGAGGAUCUAGAUAUGCAGUUCCUCGAUAGUAGGGAUACUACAAAAUCUUCAUGGGAGGCUUUUGAGUUGAACGAAGACAAUGAUGCUAAUGGGAGUGCGAGCAGACUAAAGAACACGCUCAGAGAAUCAGGACUGAUAUCAUUGAAUAGUGUUCCCGUUAUUCAUUGUCCGCAAGCUUAUGGAAUCGUCCUGAAGGCUGCUGAUAAGACUAAUGUUAUUGGGAAGAUGAUACCAGGUUGGAAGAUUGUUUACUCUGGUGACACUAGGCCUUGUCCGGAACUGGUUGAAGCCUCUCGUGGAGCAACAGUUUUCAUACAUGAGGCUACGUUUGAAGAUGGUAUGGUGGAAGAAGCUAUAGCGAAAAAUCACAGCACAAUGGGGGAAGCUGUUGAUGCAGGGGACGCUGCUGGAGCAUAUCGCGUCAUCCUCACUCACUUCAGCCAAAGAUACCCUAAAAUUCCAGUAUUUGAUGAAUCAUACAUGAAUAAAGCGUGCGUAGCUUUUGAUCUGAUGAGCGUUAACUUAGCUGACCUGCCCAUGCUUCCAAGAGUUCUUCCAUAUCUUAAACUCCUGUUUCGUGAUGAAAUAGUUGUUCAUGAAUCUGAUGAUGUCAAUUCUGCUAUAGCGGAGGUUUAGAUAGCACUAUUUAUGGCAACCAUUUUUUAACCAUUUAUAUAUAUAUACAGGAGCGCCUUCAUAGACUUUUCAAUUUUUUCCA